AUGCGACUUCGUCUUCCGUCAAGGUCGCUAUUCACCCCUCCGUUUAGGAUAGGCAUCCGAGCUCAACUGACAGCCUUGGUGAGUAUCGUGGCUUUAAUAUCGCUGGUAAUUUUAGCUGUAACUACAGGUGUCUAUUUCACUUCAAAUUAUAAGAACUUAAGAUCCGAUAGACUGUAUAUUGCCGCCCAGUUGAAGUCGUCACAGAUUGAUCAGACUUUGAACUAUCUAUACUACCAAGCAUACUAUUUAGCUUCAAGGGAUGCUUUACAAAACUCGCUGACAGGUUAUGUUGCAGGUAACAAAAGUUCGGAUAACUGGGUGGACUCCAUAAGUAUUGUACAGAAAUUUUUGAGCUCUUCGAAUUUAUUUUAUGUGGCUAAGGUUUACGAUUCUUCAUUUACUACUGUCUUGAAUGCUACAAACAAUGGAACUGGUGACUUAAUACCGAAGGAUAUUUCUGAUGAGUUGUUUCCGUUGUCCACCGAUAUGCCAUUACCUUCUUCACUAGAAACUACAGGUAUACUAACAGAUCCAAUACUUAACAGCACCGACUAUCUGAUGUCUAUGUCUUUACCCAUUUUCGCAAAUCCUUCAAUUAUCUUAACAGAUUCGAGAGUAUAUGGAUACAUCACUAUAAUCAUGUCAGCAGAAGGUCUAAAGAGCGUAUUCAAUGAUACAACCGCAUUAGAAAAAUCUAACGUUGCCAUUAUUUCCGCAGUAUACAGUAAUCAAAGUAAAGCCUCUGCAUACCAUUUCAUCUUUCCGCCGUAUGGAACCUCUUCAACAAUAACAAAAACUAAUUUUCCAAUAAAAAACAACACGUUCAUAAGCAGUGCUUUCAGAAAUGGUAAAGGAGGAUCUUUGAAAAAGACCAAUAGCUUUGGCAUAAAAAAUUUAGCUCUAGGUUACUCAUCAUGUUCAUUCCAAUUAGUUAACUGGGUCGCCGUAGUUUCACAACCAGAAUCAGUCUUCCUCUCUCCCUCAACCAAAUUAGCAAAAAUCAUUACUGGUACUGUCAUUGCUAUUGGUGUAUUUGUGAUUCUACUAACCCUACCUCUAGCACACUGGGCAGUUCAACCGAUUGUGCGAUUGCAAAAGGCAACCGAAUUAAUUACAGAGGGAAGAGGUCUACGACCUAGUACCCCGAGAACAGUAAGUCGUACCAGCUCAUUUAAAAGAGGAUUCAGUUCAGGAUUUGCUGUUCCUUCCUCUUUAUUACAAUUCAAUAGCGGAGAGGCUGGCAGCACCACAAGUGCAAGCGGCCAUGUAUGUAGCGGGCGUGGUAGCGGUGCCGUAAUGUCAACAGAUAGUAGUAUGAAAAGUGCUAUAAAUAUUGGUAAUGAAAAACUAUCACCCUUAGAAGAAGAAAACAAAAUACCGAAUCACCAAAACAAUGCCAAAAUAUCAAUGGACGGCUCUCUGAACCAUGAUUUGCUUGCACCUAACGCCCUAAGGCACAAUGAUAACGAUAGGAGCUCCAGUAGAUCUCACACUCUUACUACCUCUGCGAACUUAACUGAAGCUAGACUACCGGAUUAUAGAAGGCUAUUUUCUGACGAGCUUUCUGAUUUAACCGAAACCUUCAAUACCAUGACUGAUGCACUAGAUCAACAUUAUGCCCUCUUAGAAGAUAGAGUCAGGGCUAGAACUAAGCAACUCGAGGCUGCUAAGAUCGAGGCAGAAGCUGCGAACGAGGCCAAAACAGUCUUCAUAGCUAACAUUUCACAUGAAUUAAGAACACCUUUGAAUGGUAUUCUCGGUAUGACAGCUAUCUCCAUGGAAGAAACCGAUGUUAAUAAGAUAAGGAACAGCUUGAAACUUAUAUUUAGGUCAGGUGAGCUUUUGCUGCAUAUCUUAACAGAACUGUUAACCUUUUCUAAAAAUGUACUUCAAAGGACGAAACUUGAGAAAAGAGAUUUUUGCAUUACCGAUGUCGCCUUACAAAUAAAAUCUAUUUUUGGUAAGGUUGCCAAAGAUCAGCGUGUUCGUCUUUCAAUUUCAUUAUUCCCUAAUUACAUAAGAACAAUGGUUCUUUGGGGUGAUUCCAACAGAAUUAUUCAAAUCGUGAUGAACUUAGUAUCCAAUGCUCUGAAGUUCACACCGGUUGAUGGUACCGUUGAGGUCAGAAUGAAACUCUUAGGUGAAUACGACAAGGAAUUAAGUGAAAAAAAACAAUUUAAAGAAGUGCAUGUCAGAAAGGGGACAGAAAUACUUGAAGACAUAGAAAAAAUAAAUAAGCAUCACCUCAAAGAAGCAGCAAAUUUCAAAAAAAGCAUGGAUUCAGAAUCUACGACCACUUCCGUCAUAAGUAACAGAGAUACUUCUACAAUUCAAGAAGAGAUAACAAAACGAAACACUGCUGCAAAUGAGAACAUUUAUAAGAAAACGAGGGAUAGAGAGAAAUCAUCGAAUGACGAUAUCUCUUCAAUAGCAUCGACAAGUACUAGCUCAUAUGAUGAUGCGAUAUUCAACAGUCAAUUCAAUAAAGCACCUGGUUCUGAUGAAGAUGAAGGGGGUGAUCUUGGAAAACCAAUAGAAAACCCAAAAACAUGGGCCAUUUCCAUAGAAGUUGAAGAUACGGGGCCUGGUAUCGACCCUUCUUUACAAGAGUCCGUCUUCCACCCAUUUGUUCAAGGUGACCAAACAUUAUCCAGACAAUACGGUGGUACCGGAUUAGGUUUAUCUAUUUGUAGACAACUAGCAAAUAUGAUGCACGGGACGAUGAAAUUAGAAUCUAAAGUUGGUGUUGGUAGUAAAUUUACAUUUACCUUACCUUUAGAUCAAACUAAAGAAAUCAGUUUUGCGAAUACGAACUUUCCAUUUGAAGACGAAUUUAAUCCUGAGAGUAGGCAAAAUAGAAGAGUCAAAUUCAAUGUCGCAAAAAGUAUAAAGAGUCGACAGUCGACAUCUUCCAUCGCAACACCCGCUGCCAAUAGGUACGGUUCAACUAAUGAAAUGCUACGAGAAUCAAGAAGCAACGAGGAAGAAGAAGGCAGAAAAGCCACAAAUAUUGAAGAAGAAAAAGAAGGAGGGAACGAAUCAGAUGAAACACACCAACAACUCCAAGAGAAAAAAGUAAAAAAUUCUAUAUCUUUUUCAAGUGCUGACAGCAAUGUGCAAAAGAGUACGCCUUCCACACAUCAUUCUAGAGAAGAAAGUGUAGGUUCUGUGAAUCUUGAUAGACMAUUUCUACAAAGUACUGGUACAGCUACAUCCAGUAGAACUAUACCCACAGUUUCAAACAGCAAUACGAAUGACUCAAGUAUCAAGAUAUUGGUCGUGGAAGACAAUCACGUGAAUCAAGAAGUUAUCAAAAGAAUGCUGAAUCUAGAAGGUAUUGAGAACAUUGAACUGGCUUGCGAUGGCCAAGAUGCGUUUGAUAAAGUUAAAGAAUUGACAUCCAGGGGCGAAAAUUAUAAUAUGAUUUUCAUGGAUGUUCAGAUGCCUAAAGUGGAUGGAUUACUCUCUACCAAGAUGAUAAGACGCGAUUUGGGUUACAAAUCUCCAAUUGUUGCUUUAACUGCAUUCGCCGAUGAUAGUAAUAUCAAGGAAUGCUUAGAAUCAGGCAUGAAUGGAUUUUUAUCGAAACCAAUCAAGAGGCCAAAAUUGAAAACCAUCCUUAUAGAAUUUUGUGCAGCAUACCAGGAAAAGAAAAAAUAA